CUCUGAUUGGACGCGAGGGCAGGCAGUGGAUUGGGCCCCCCCCCCCCCCGGAGGCCCCCCCCACCGCAGCAUCUCGGAGCGGCUCCCGGGGCCCCGGGUAGUGGGGGCCCGGUUGGGGGGCUGGGUGGGGGGCCUCGUCACCUUGACGACGCAGCAGGUGCGGACACAGCACGUGCCUCGGCUCGUUUGUAGGUGAUGGAGACGGACGCAGCGCUGCACACGAGCGAUUCGUUCGGCUUGUCUCCCGGUGGUGGCCGCGUGGGCAGUCUACUGUGGCGCAGCUGCAGCGCCACGUUGAGGGGCUGCAGGAGCAGCUGGAAGCGGCAAACGUGCAGCUGGCACUGCUGGGCAAAGAAGACCACGGCUCGCGCCAGCAGCUGCAGCUUCUGGCCGGCCCUGCAGCGAGCAUCGAUGGCGGUGAGCCAACCUGCCAUGACCGGCGAAGGCCUCAAAAACGCGGGCAAAUCCUGGGCCUCCACCACUGAGCUGCUGCCUGCCGAGCAGGCUGCUCUCGUAGACGGAGCGGGCGGUGUCGGCAGGCCAGACUACGGGGUGACGUGGAGGCGUGACGAGGUGGCCACUCUCUUGAGCACGUGGGCCAGCCGUUCUAUUCAGCGUAAAGCUUUGCGAGUCGGUACACAACUGCAGAGUGUUCCACGAGAUCGCCAGUGCCGCACCAAGAUCAAGAAGCUAAAGAGCCGGUACCAGCAGCUGCGGGAGUGGCAGCGCGCUGGCGCCUGUAUCAGCUGGCCCUUCUUCCAGUGUAUAAAGGCCAUCAUGGCGGGCGGGCAGCAUGGCGAUGAUGCUGGAGAGUCAGGGGACGAGGGCCAGCAUGCCGGCCUCCUCUUCGGCUGUGACAGGGACUAUAAGCGACCCGACACGGGCGAGCAGGCAUUGGCGUCAGCAGCGGAGCCCAGCAGCGCCCGUCCCGUCAAACCCUACGACGAGGAGGAAAGCGGGGAGCGAGUGCAGAUGUCCGCAGUCUCCCUGGCACACGAAGCUUCCCCGCCGCUAAAGCCCAGCCUGGGAAAUGGUGCCAGAGCACCGCAGCAGAAGCGGCAGCAGCACCAGCGACUGCUGGACAUGGAGACGUGGCGGGCGGAGCGCCGGGAGGGAGCGAUGCGUGAGCUGGCGCGUAUCGUGAGCAGCGUGCUGGGCUCCGGCGACUUCACCAGCAUCGUGGCCCCGCCGUCGCCCGUGCCGCACUCCCUGUCAGCCCGGGGCCCCCUCUCUGACGCCGCUCUGGGGGAGUUGCUUCCCCCCGGGGCCUCGCCGGUGCUGGGGGUACUCGCCCCGGAUGCGCUGGCGUCACAGGGUGACUCCUCCUGUCGCGUAAACUGUGGCUGAGCGCGUGUGACCUAGCA